AUGAUACAUCGUCACAAUGAAAGGUAUCCAACAAUGGGUGCAGGGGCUGAAUACAAAACUACUUUAGAUAAAUUUACAGGCAAAAAUAUAACUGGACCCUUAGCAUUUUUAAAAGAUUACCAAUAUCACACUAUUUUUCCAAGUGAGAAGCAUGGGGAACUUACUACUUUGGGUCCUUAUAAUGGAAUCGAUGGAGCUUUUAAAAAGGGGCAAACUUUUAAAAAGAGAUAUGAUUAUCUCUUGGACAAAUUUCAAGGUGACUUUCCGAUUUUUACGGCAUCUAGCCACAGGGAUCAAAUUACAGCGCAAUAUUUUUCAAAAGGGUUAGGUAUUAAUAAUACAAAAAUUGUCGUAGUGCCAGAAUCAGCAACUCAAGGUGCUAAUUCAUUGACCCCAGAUCGUUCAUGUCCUAAAUAUGAUCCUGGAACAACUUCUAACUUGAAAUCAUAUUUAUAUGUUUUCAAUGAUACACUUUUUAAAUUACAGCAUUUUGCGCCAAAUGUGGAUAUUACAAUAGGUGAUAUAAGCAAUUUGCUAGACAUGUGUGGAUUUGAGUUGACUGCAGUAGGUUCUCAAAAUUUUUGUGAAAUAUUUAGUGAUUACGAUCAUGUUCUUCAUGGCUACGGUCGAGCUUUACGAUACUAUUAUAAAAACGGACCGGGGAAUGAUCUCUCAGCUACAUUAGGAUCUGUCUAUGCAAACGCCACACUGACUCUUUUACAACAAGAACCUCAUAUUCCCGUGUAUAUUUCAUUUACACAUGAUACUCAUAUUAAUUUUUUCCUAUCAACACUGGGCAUUUUUUCCAGUGAAGAAAGUCUUCCUUAUGAUUAUGCUAUGCUUAAUCAUCCUUGGGUUCGUGGGGAUAAUACACCAAUGGGGGGUGAAGUUGUUAUUGAAAAGAUGAACUGUAGUGAAAAAAGCUUCGUUAGAAUUUUAGUAAAUGAAGCUGUGGUUCCUUUUCAUAACUGUACAAACGGACCGGGAACCUCAUGUCCAUUAGAAACUUUUACGGAUAUUCUUGGUGAUAAGAUCCUUGAUUAUCGUGAAGCAUGUCUUGAUUCAUCCCUUCCACAAUACUUGUCAUUUUUUUGGGAUUGGGACCCAUAG